GUCAGAGCAGUCAGAAUCGCGUCAACGAUUGUCGGGGACGGGAUGGAUAGGACACACUGUCUGUAACAGCAGAUAACUGCCAACAUCGUUGUGAAUGCUUACAGCGGACCAAUUUGGAGAUCAGUUGUUGUUUCAUGGAAUUGUUGAAGGCAAUAGACGAAAAAUUGGCUGAACAGUUAGCUGGUAUAUUAUAACGAACGUAUUUGUUGGAUGUGUUGGUAGUGUGUAUACCACGCCCACCCUGCUAUCGCUGUCACCGUCCGUUUGCUCAUCUACUCAGCGUAGUUUGAGUUGUAAUUCCUGCCUACCCACCUGCUAACCCUGUGUCUUUCCUAUUGGUGUAAUUUUCGCUCAAUUGAAAAUGGAAAAUAUUGUGUUUGCCAAGUUAUUCGGUAAGAAGUUUGCCAAAGCCAGUAAGUUUGUGGUAGCUAAUAAAUUAUGGCAGUCAACAGUGCCAACAAAAGACUGCGAUGUCUUGAUGACAUUUCCAGAGAAAACAGAUGAUGACACCUUGAUGUGGGUCCUAGCAAGAUUGCGAUCCAGAACACCACAAAUUGGAGUACAUGUCCGUCACCAUAGCAAUACUGGAGUGUAUGGAUUUUAUCUCACUGCCACAUUUGAAAACUUAAUGAAAGGAGCAGAAGACCUGGGAUUCAGAAAGAAAGUUAAAGAGGAAUUUGGAGGUGGUUUGAAAGAUUUCAGUUGUGAUGAAGAAAUCAUCUAUGAAGGAAUUGAUAACCAGGCUGAUUUUUUCUCAUCUCAGGAACGUCAAGAGAUUGUGUUAUUCAUGUUGAAUAAUCUACGUGCUGAAGAAGGUGAUAAAUUGGCCAAGUUAAAAUUUGUGGAAGGUCAGCCAAUUGGUUUUUUUGGUGUAUUCUGUCUUGUAUGGGCUGGGAUAAUAGAAAUACUUCACAUGAUAUGUAAAUUACACAACGAGGUUAUUGAGUUACGCUCUAGUGAACAGUGUUCUGUUUUCAGUGCACUCUAA